AUGAAGCUCGGGUUCGCUACCGUGGCCGUGGUCGUUCUGGCGUCAGAGGCUGACGCGCACUACUGGUUUGAUAAGCUCAUCAUCAACGGCCGCGAGACCAACGCCUACCAGUACGUUCGGCAAUCCACCCGUCCCACACUCUACAACCCGAUCAAAUGGAUCGACACUCGGGACAACUCGACCCCCGACAUGGAUGACAUGCGCUGCAACCAGGGAGCAUUCAACAGCGCCGGCCGCACCCAGACGGCCGAGGUCGCAGCCGGCACUCGCGUAGGCUUCAGGCUUGCUGCCGGUGGCACCAUGUUCCACCCGGGACCUGGUCUGGCCUACAUGUCUCGUGCCCCGGGCACUGCCCAGAGCUACCGCGGCGACGGCGACUGGUUCAAGAUUUACGAGACCGGUGUUUGCCGACAAGGUGUCGACUUUAGUACCAAUGCUUGGUGCACGUACGAGAAGCCCACGAUGGAGUUCACCAUCCCCAAGGACACGCCCAACGGAGAGUACCUCCUCCGAGUUGAGCACAUCGGUGUUCACCGCAGCCAUGUCAACCAGCCCGAGUUUUACGUGUCGUGCGCGCAGAUCAAGGUCGUCAACGGUGGCAACGGCAGACCAGGCCCGACCAUCAAGUUCCCCGGCGGCUACUCUAGGAACCACCCGGCUUUCGAGAACUACUCUGUCUACAACGGCUACAGGUCGUUUCCCAUGCCUGGCCCUGCUGUCUGGUCUGGCGGCGGCGGCGGCACUACUCCUGCUCCUCCGCCUAGCGGAGGCGGAGGUGGAGGCUGCGCCGCUCUGUACGAGCAAUGUGGAGGCUCUGGCUUUAACGGCCCCAAGUGCUGUUCGUCUGGAUCAUGCAAGGUAUCCAACGAAUGGUACUCGCAGUGUUUGUAG